CACUCCGAGGAGGAACCCGGUGCCCCCCGGCCGAUCGUUUCUAGUUACGCUACCCCCAAAGAUGGAGGGCCGCAGAUGGCACCGCUGACACCUCCGAGUCACCGCGACCGACCGUGUGGCUUCCAUGACGCUCCGGGAGUGACCGCGCGCCGCGUUUUUGUCCGCUUUCUUUGGGAUCUACUCGGGAGAUACUGAGCCCACACGGUUCGGGGUUGUGACAGCCAUGAGCUCCGGGGAAGGAGCGGAGGAGACCACGAAGGACGCCGGCGACAUAGAGGCGUUCUUCAAGAGCGAUGGACCCCUCCCUAAAGAGCCAAAAGGAGAUGUAUCGAGCCAGAUAGCAGGUUUCAGGAGAAAUGAGGAGAUGAGAGCGAUGGAGGUGCUUCCAAUCCUCAAAGAGAAAGUUGCCUUUCUGUCAGGUGGCAGAGACAGACGUGGAGGUCCAGUUUUAACGUUUCCAUCACGAAGCAACCACGACAGAAUACGAACCGACGACCUGAGGAGGCUGAUCGCGUACCUCGCCGGCAUCCCCAGCGAGGAGGUGUGUAAACAUGGCUUCACGGUCAUCGUUGAUAUGCGCGGCUCCAAGUGGGACAGCAUCAAGCCUCUGCUGAAGAUCCUGCAGGAGUCCUUCCCUUCCUGCAUCCACGUCGCCCUCAUCAUCAAACCAGACAACUUCUGGCAGAAGCAGAGGACCAACUUCGGCAGCUCCAAGUUCGAAUUCGAGACCACCAUGGUGUCACUAGAAGGCCUGACGAAAGUGGUGGACCCCUCACAGCUCACGGCGGACUUCGACGGCAGUCUGGAUUACAACCACGAAGAAUGGAUCGAGGUGCGAGUAGCAUUCGAGGAGUUCUCCGGCCACGCCACCCAGAUGUUGGCCCGACUGGAGGAGAUGCAAGAAACCGUGUCGAGGAAGGAUUUUCCACAGGAUCUGGAAGGAGCCAGGCGGAUGAUAGAAGAACACGCCACUCUGAAGAAGAAAGUCAUAAAAGCUCCGAUUGAGGAGCUCGACACUGAAGGACAGAGGUUGCUCCAGCGCAUACAAAGCAGCGAGUCCUUCUCCAAUCGUAACGGCAGCGGCGGCGGCGGUGGCAGUGGCGGCAGCGGCGGCGGCAGUGGGGUGUGCAACGCCGACACCCAGGGCCUGGUGCCCCGGAUCACCCAGCUGCUGGACAAGCUGCACUCCACGCGGCAGCACCUCCACCAGGCCUGGCACGUCCGCAAGCUGCAGCUGGACCAGUGCUUCCAGCUCCGCCUCUUCGAACAGGACGCCGAGAAGAUGUUUGACUGGAUCAUGCACAACAAGGGCUUGUUCCUGGCAGGCUACACAGAGAUCGGCAACAACCACCCCCACGCCGCCGAGCUGCAAACCCAGCACAACCACUUCGCGAUGAACUGCAUGAAUGUGUACGUCAACAUCAACCGGAUCAUGUCUGUGGGGAACCGGCUGCUGGAGUCGGGUCACUACGCCUCGCAGCAGAUCAAGCAGAUCUCAGGCCAGCUGGAGCAAGAGUGGAAGGCCUUCGCCGCCGCGCUGGACGAGCGGAGCACGCUGCUGGAGAUGUCGGCCACCUUCCACCAGAAAUGUGACCAGUACAUGGGUAACGUGGACUCGUGGUGCAAAGCGUGCGGCGAGGUGGAUUUGCCCUCCGAGCUGCAAGACCUUGAAGACGCCAUCCACCAUCAUCAGGGACUGUACGAACACAUCACCGCGGCAUACUCCGAGGUGAGCCAAGACGGCAAAGCACUGUUGGACAAGCUGCAGCGACCUUUGACCCCGGGCAGCGCCGACUCCCUGACGGCGUCGGCGAACUACUCGAAGGCGGUGCACCACGUCCUGGACAUCAUCCACGAGGUGCUGCACCACCAGCGGCAGCUGGAGAACAUCUGGCAGCACCGCAAGGUGCGGCUGCACCAGCGCCUGCAGCUCUGCGUCUUUCAGCAGGAUGUCCAACAGGUGCUGGACUGGAUCGAGAACCACGGAGAGGCCUUCCUCAGCAAACACACCGGUGUGGGAAAGUCUCUCCACCGAGCCCGGGCCCUGCAGAAACGCCACGAGGACUUUGAGGAAGUGGCGCAGAACACGUACACCAAUGCAGACAAGCUGCUGGAGGCGGCCGAGCAGCUGGCCCAGACGGGAGAGUGCGACCCGGAGGAGAUCUACCAGGCCGCCCACCAGCUCGAAGACCGCAUCCAAGACUUUGUCCGCCGCGUGGAGCAGCGCAAAGUCCUGCUGGACAUGUCUGUCGCCUUCCACACGCACGUCAAAGAGCUGUGGACGUGGCUGGAGGAUCUCCAGAAGGAGCUGCUGGACGACGUCUACGCCGAGUCGGUGGAGGCCGUCCAGGAUCUGAUCAAGCGCUUCGGCCAGCAGCAGCAGACGACGCUGCAGGUCACCGUCAACGUGAUCAAGGAGGGAGAGGACCUCAUUCAGCAGCUCAGGGACUCUGCCAUCUCCAGCAACAAGACGCCCCACAACAGCUCCAUCAACCACAUCGAGAGCGUCCUCCAGCAGCUGGACGAGGCCCAGGCGCAGAUGGAGGAGCUCUUCCAGGAGAGGAAGAUCAAACUCGAGCUCUUCCUGCAGCUGCGCAUCUUCGAGCGGGACGCCAUCGACAUCAUCUCCGACCUGGAGUCAUGGAACGAGGAGCUGACGGGUCAGAUGAACGACUUCGACACGGAGGACCUGACGCUGGCCGAGCAGAGGCUGCAGCACCACGCCGACAAGGCGCUGACCAUGAACAACCUCACCUUCGACGUCAUCCACCAGGGACAGGAGCUGCUGCAGUACGUCAACGAAGUCCAGGCCUCGGGUGUGGAGCUGCUGUGCGAUCGGGACGUGGACAUGGCCACGCGGGUGCAGGACUUGCUGGAGUUCCUCCAUGAGAAGCAGCAGGAGCUGGACGUGGCGGCGGAGCAGCACCGCAGGCACCUGGAGCAGUGUGUCCAGCUGAGACACCUUCAGGCUGAAGUCAAGCAGGUGCUCGGCUGGAUCCGUAACGGCGAGUCGAUGCUGAACGCGGGCCUCAUCACGGCGAGCUCGCUACAGGAAGCAGAACAGCUGCAGAGAGAACACGAGCAGUUCCAGCAUGCCAUCGAGAAAACCCACCAGAGUGCCCUGCAGGUCCAGCAGAAGGCGGAGGCUCUGCUCCAGGCCAACCACUACGACAUGGACCUGAUCAGAGACUGUGCAGAGAGCGUGGCCUCCCACUGGCAGCAGCUCAUGCUGAAGAUGGAGGACCGACUCAAGCUGGUCAAUGCCUCUGUGGCCUUUUACAAAACUUCUGAGCAGGUGUGCAGCGUGCUGGAGAGCCUGGAGCAAGAGUACAAGAGAGAGGAGGACUGGUGCGGAGGAGCCGACAAACUGGGACCCAACUGUGAAACGGAACACGUCACCCCCAUGAUCAGCAAGCACCUGGAGCAGAAAGAGGCCUUCCUCAAGGCGUGCACUCUGGCCAGAAGAAACGCCGACGUCUUCCUCAAGUACAUGCACAGGAACAGCGUCAACAUGCCCGGGAUGCUGAGUCACGUCAAGGCGCCGGAGCAGCAGGUUAAAAACAUCCUGAAUGAGCUCCUGCAGAGGGAGAACCGCGUCCUCCACUUCUGGACCAUGAGGAAGCGGCGGCUGGACCAGUGUCAGCAGUACGUGGUGUUUGAACGCAGCGCCAAACAGGCGCUGGAGUGGAUUCAUGACACCGGGGAGUUCUACCUGUCCACACACACAUCCACCGGCUCCAGCAUCCACCACACGCAGGAGCUGCUGAAGGAGCACGAGGACUUCCACAUCACAGCCAAGCAAACCAAGGAGCGUGUGAAGCUCCUGAUCCAGCUGGCCGAUGGCUUCUGCGAGAAAGGCCACAGCCACGCCACCGAGAUCAAGAAAUGGGUGACGGCGGUGGACAAGCGGUACCGGGACUUCUCCCUGAGGAUGGACAAGUACCGCUGCAGCCUGGAGAAGGCCCUGGGCAUCUCUUCAGACUCCAACAAAGCUAGCAAGGAUCUGCAGCUGGACAUCAUCCCGGCCACGGCUCCGGGGUCAGAGGUCAAGCUGAGGGACGCUGCCGCCCAUGAGCUGAACGAGGAGAAGCGCAAGUCCGCCCGCAGGAAGGAGUUCAUCAUGGCCGAACUGAUUCAGACAGAAAAGGCCUACGUCCGGGACCUGCGGGAGUGCAUGGAUACCUACUUGUGGGAGAUGACCAGCGGGGUUGAGGAGAUUCCUCCUGGAAUCAUCAACAAGGAGCACAUUAUCUUUGGAAACAUGCAGGAUCUCUAUGAAUUCCAUCACAACAUCUUUCUCAAGGAGUUGGAGAAAUAUGAGCAGCUACCGGAGGAUGUGGGGCAUUGCUUCGUCACAUGGGCUGAUAAGUUCCAGAUGUACGUAAACUACUGUAAGAACAAACCUGACUCCACUCAGCUGAUACUGGAGCAUGCUGGGAACUACUUUGACGAAAUUCAACAACGGCACCGACUGGCCAACUCCAUCUCCUCCUACCUGAUCAAGCCCGUGCAGAGAAUCACCAAGUACCAGCUCCUGCUGAAGGAGCUGCUAACGUGCUGCGAGGAAGGCAAAGGGGAGAUCAAGGACGGCCUGGAGGUGAUGCUCAGCGUUCCCAAGAAGGCCAACGAUGCCAUGCACCUCUCCAUGCUGGAAGGUUUCGACGAGAACAUCGAGUCGCAGGGUGAGCUCAUCCUCCAGGAGUCCUUCCAGGUUUGGGACCCAAAGACGCUGAUCCGUAAAGGUCGAGAGCGCCACCUCUUCCUCUUUGAGAUGUCGCUCGUCUUCAGCAAGGAGGUCAAGGACUCAAACGGCAGGAGCAAAUACAUCUACAAGAGCAAACUCUUUACCUCAGAGCUCGGGGUGACGGAGCACGUCGAAGGAGACCCCUGCAAGUUUGCCUUGUGGGUGGGACGCACGCCGACUUCAGACAACAAGAUCGUGCUUAAGCUAAGUCAGGGAUCCAAACAUGGAGCGAUGGCGUCCAGCAUCGAGAACAAGCAGGACUGGAUCAAACACAUCAGGGAGGUGAUCCAGGAGCGCACCAUCCACCUGAGGGGGGCGCUCAAGGAGCCCAUCCAUAUUCCCAAAGCCACGACAGCCAAGCACCACAAGGGGCGAAGGGAGGGAGAGGACCUGGACAGUCAGGGUGAAGGCAGCAGCCAACCAGACACCAUCUCUCUGGCAUCUCGCACCUCUCAGAACACACUAGACAGUGACAAGCUCUCCGGCGGCUGCGAGCUGACGGUGGUGAUUCACGACUUCAUGGCCAGCAACAGCAACGAGCUGACGGUGCGGCGAGGCCAGACGGUGGAGGUGCUGGAGCGCUGCCACGACAAGCCCGACUGGUGCCUGGUGCGGACCACCGACCGCUCGCCGGCGCAGGAGGGCCUGGUGCCCUGCUCCAUGCUCUGCAUCGCCCACUCCAGGUCCUCCAUGGAGAUGGAGGGCAUCUUCAACCACAAAGACACUCUGUCGGUGUGCAGCAACGACUCCAUCAUGCCUGGAUCGUCGGCCACGCUGCAGCCGGGGCACGGCAUUGGCUCCCACACCUCGCCGGGGCCGAAACGACCAGGUAACACGCUGCGGAAGUGGCUCACCAGCCCGGUGCGGCGGCUAAGCAGCGGCAAGGCCGACGGCCACGUGAAGAAGCUGGCGCACAAGCACAAGAAGAGCCGGGAGGUGAGGAAGAGCGGCGAGAUGACGAUGGGCUCCCAGAAAGACUCGGACGACAGCGCCGCCACCCCUCAGGACGAAACGCUGGAGGAGAGGGUUCGCAACGAGGGCCUGUCCAGCGGGACGCUGUCCAAGUCCAGCUCCUCGGGCAUGCAGAGCUGCGGGGAGGAGGAGGGCGAGGAGGGCGCCGACUCGGUGCCGCUGCCCCCGCCCAUGGCCAUCCAGCAGCACAGCCUGCUGCAGCCGGACUCGCAGGAUGACAAGACCUCCUCCCGCCUGUCGGUCCGUCCGUCCAGCUCGGAGACGCCCAGCGCCGCCGAGUUGGUGAGCGCCAUCGAGGAGCUGGUCAAAAGCAAGAUGGCUCUGGAGGACAGGCCCAGCUCUCUGUCGGUGGAGCAGGGAGACAGCAGCUCUCCCUCCUUCAACCCCUCCGACAACUCCCUGCUCUCCUCUUCCUCCCCCAUCGAGGAGCUGGACGAGCGCCGGGCCAGCAUCCUCAAGAAAAGACACUACAUCCUGCUGGAGCUGGUGGAGACGGAGCGGGACUACGUCAGAGACCUGGGCCUCGUGGUGGAGGGCUACAUGAGCAGAAUGAAGGAGGAGGGAGUUCCUGACGACAUGAAGGGAAAAGACAAAAUCGUGUUCGGCAACAUCCAUCAGAUCUACGACUGGCACAAAGAUUUCUUCCUCAGGGAGUUGGAGAAAUGCUUGGAGGACCCUGACAGGCUAGGGCCGCUCUUUCUCAAGCAGGAACGCCGGCUGAACAUGUACGUGGUGUACUGUCAGAACAAGCCCAAGUCGGAGCACAUCGUCUCGGAGUACAUCGACACCUACUUCGAGGACUUGAAGCAGCGCCUGGGACACCGGCUGCAGAUCACAGAUCUGCUCAUCAAGCCGGUCCAGAGGAUCAUGAAGUACCAGCUGCUGCUCAAGGACUUCCUGAAGCACUCGAAGAAGGCCGGGCUUGAAUCGGUGGACCUGGAGAAAUCGGUGGAGGUCAUGUGCAUCGUGCCAAAGAGGUGUAACGACAUGAUGAACGUGGGCCGCCUCCAAGGAUUCGAUGGGAAGAUCGUCGCUCAGGGUCGCCUCCUGCUGCAGGACACAUUCAUGGUGUCCGACCCUGACGGCGGCCCGCUGGGCCGCAUGAAGGAGAGGAGGGUCUUCCUCUUCGAGCAGCUGGUCAUCUUCAGCGAGCCGCUGGACAAGAAGAAAGGCUUUUCCCUGCCCGGCUUCCUCUACAAGAACAGCAUCAAGGUGAGCUGUCUGGGUCUGGAGGACAACGUGGAAGGCGAUCCCUGCAAGUUCAUCCUCUCCUCCCGCUCGACGGGCGGCGUGGCGGAGUCCUUCGUGCUGCACUCGUCGCACCCCGGGGUGCGCGAGGUGUGGACCCUGCAGAUCGGCCAGAUACUGGAGAGCCAGCGCAACUUCCUCAACGCUCUGACUUCGCCAAUAGAGUAUCAGAGGAACCACGUGGGGGCGAGCGGCGGGCCCGGCGUGGGCGCUCCGGGCGGAGGAAGCAGCAGUCCUGCGCCUGGAGGCGGAGCAGGAAGCUCUCAGGGCGGCGCCGUCCCCCCGGGACCGCAGGGGGGCUCCCGCCGGCCCUCCAGGAUCCCGCAGCCGUCCCGUCUGCCCCAACCCCUGCGCCACCACCCGGGGGCCGAGCAGGAUGCCCCCGGCAAGAUGUCAGGUCCGUGCCCUCGUCCCGCCCCUCCUCCCCUGCUCCCCCCGGGCGGUAGCCCUCAGGGUAAACGCCCCGCCUCCGCCCCAGAGGACCAAGUCCAGACCCCCGCCCCCGCCAGCGCCGUAGCCCCUAUCCCCCGCGCCGCCGUGGGGCCGCUGCCCUCCUCCACGCCGUCUGCAAAACUGCGGCCCGGAGCCGCCGCCUCCCCCAUGGCCCUCCCCCCUCCCCCGCCCAGUCCAGGCCACAAGUCUGGAUCUGGGUUCUGGAGCUCCAUGCCGGGCUCCCCGGCCAGCCGGCCUGGCUCGUUCACCUUCCCGGGGGAGGAGGCCCCCCCCGUCCGUCCCGGCUCCAACCAGACCCACAGACACUCCACGCACAGCAAGGACGCCGACCGCAUGAGUACGUGCUCGUCGGCCAGCGAGCAGUCCGUCCAGUCCACCCAGAGCAACGGGAGUGAAAGCAGCAGCAGCAGUAGCGUAUCCACCAUGUUGGUGACCCAGGACUACAUGGCUGUGAAGGAGGACGAGAUCAGCGUCGUCCAGGGCGAGGUCGUCCAGAUCCUGGCCAGCAACCAGCAGAACAUGUUCCUAGUAUUCAGGGCGGCGACCGAGCAGGGCCCCGCCGCCGAGGGCUGGAUCCCCGGCUUCGUGCUAGGACACACCUCGGCCAUCGCACCCGACUGCCCCGAGGGAUCCAUGGCUAGGAAGUCCUCGUCCUGGCACACCUCGCUCCGCAUCCGGAAGAAGUCCGAGAAGAAGGAGAAGGAGGCGAAGAAGGAGACCAAGCUGGAGAACGGCUACAGGAAGUCCAGAGACGGCCUGGCCAAUAAGGUUUCUGUAAAGCUUCUAAAUCCAAACUACAUCUACGAUGUUCCCCCCGAGUUCCUGGUUCCCCUGAGCGACGUGACCUGCGACAACGGCGAGAGCGUCACCCUGAGGUGUAAGGUGUGCGGCCGGCCCCGGGCCGCCGUCACCUGGAAGGGACCCGACCAGAACAGCCUCAACAACAACGGGCACUUCAGCAUCGCCUACAGCGACACGGGCGAAGCCACGCUGCGCAUCGUCGGUGCGGCGUCUGAAGACGACGGCGUUUACACCUGCAUCGCCACCAACGAGCUGGGCAGCGUCACGUCGUCGGCGAGCCUCAGGGUGUUGGCCGUGUCCACCGACGGAGUCAGGGUGAGCUGGAAGGACAACUUCGACGCUCACUACGCCGAAGUGGCGGAGCUGGGAAGGGGUCGCUUUUCCGUCGUCAAGCGCUGCGACCACCGCAGCACCAAACGCACGGUAGCGGUCAAGCAGGUCAACAAGAAGCUGAUGAGGAGAGACCGCGUGACGCAGGAGCUCAGCCUGCUGCAGCGGCUGCAGCACCCGCACAUAGUGGGCCUGCUGGACACGUACGAGACCCCCGGCUGCUACGCCCUGGUCCUGGAGAUGGCCGAUCAAGGCCGCCUGCUGGACUACAUCGUGAGCUGGGGGAACCUGACGGAGGAGAAAGUGGCCAACUACCUACAGAACGUCUUAGAAGCUUUACAGUACUUACACAGCUGCAGAAUCGUACAUUUGGACGUCAAACCUGAGAACCUGCUGGUCUCCCACUCCGCCAGCGGACAGCCGCUGGUCAAGCUCACGGACUUCGGCGACGCCGUCCAGCUGAACAGCGCCCACUACGUGCACCCCCUGCUGGGCAGCCCCGAGUUCGCCUCCCCGGAGCUGGUCCUGGGCGAGCCGGUGUCGCCGACCUCCGACCUGUGGAGCCUGGGCGUGGUGACCUACGUGCUGCUGAGCGGCGCCUCCCCCUUCCUGGAUGAGAGCGCGGAGGAGACGUGCCUGAACAUCUGCCGGCUGGACUUCAGCUUCCCGCGGGAUUACUUCCAGGGCGUCAGCCAGGCGGCGCGAGACUUCGUGUGCCUGCUGCUGCGGACCGACCCGGGCAUGAGGCCGCCGGCGGGACUCUGCCUCCAGGAGCCGUGGCUGCAGGCCGGCCAGGGCGACGCCCGGGCUGAGGGCUGCCUGGACACCGCCCGCCUCAUCUCCUUCAUCGACCGCAGGAAGCACCAGACGGACGCCCGGCCCAUCGGAGGGGUCAGCGGCUUCAUCCAGAGUCGCCUCCAGCCGCGGGUGUGAGCGCCACGCCUGCCCCUCCUCCUCCUCCUCCUCCUCCUCCGACCUCGUGGUCCUCUCGGUCACCAAUCACAUGAAUUGACGGACGCCUUCGUCUGCUGCUGCUGCUGCUGCUUGCUGGUUUCAACUCAACAGAUUUUGUAGUUAAUUAAACAUAAAAAAAAAAGAAAAAAAAAAAAAGAGGUAAGUUAUUUUCCUGAAGCCGAUCAGAGGAGCUGCUC